AUGUUGCCUCAAAACAAGGACGAGGUGCUGCCACAGAACACAGCACCCCCUGGGCGCCCCCCUCAGGGCUCCUCACAACUUGUGGACUUGUCUUCUGGCAACCUGCAGCCUCUGCCUCCCCAGCCGUCGCUCCCUCCCUCUCACCCACCUUGCUCCCCUCCCCCACGGUCCCACUCUCCUGGCUCCCAUUUCUACAACUCUGACUCAGGUUCUGACUUUGUCCUACAUCCCUACUCUUCCUCCCUCCCAAGUUCCCCCACUUUCUUUCAUCAGAAUUACCUCUCUCUCUCCCUCACACGCUCUUCCUCUCCCACCCGCCAGCUAUACCCCUCCCUUCCUCCUACUUCUUCCUCCUCUCCCACUCAGCUACAGAACGACUCUCUCCCCCACUCUCACCGUCUGUCUCCUUCCAACCCAGGGUACCACCCCAGCUCCACUGUCACUUCCCCGGCCCCCAGCCUUCCUUCUCCUGGGGUCCACGGGAAGAGGCAGACAUGGCCCUGGCACCAGUACAGGGACACCGGGUCCCCUGGGGUGGUGGGGGGAUGCGUGGCAAGCCAGAGGGACCCUGCAGAGUUCAUGGACCCGGGAGCCCUGGCCCAGGCCCUAGUGGCCCAUCUGGGGCACCGCCGCAUUGCACACGACCUGCGGCUACUGCUUUUGCAGCACCUGUGGCUAGGCACAACUGGCCAGGCCCCAGUUGUAGAAUAUCCUAUAUGCCUGGUGUGUCUCAAGCCCCGCAGCCCCACGUGCCCCAUCUCCAGGUACAAGACCGGACCCCGGCUGCUUGCCUUCCCCCAACUACUGCCCUGUGCGCAGGGCCAGGAAUCCGGACCACUCCGCCUAGGCAUUGGCUUCGGCCUCUGCCUGCCUCGGGGCCAGGCCAGGGCCUUGCACCUGUUGCCAGAAAGAAGGCCAGAGGAAGUAGGUCCACAGGGCAAGGCCGCUCAGGCCCGUGGGUAUCAAACCCAGGCGUCCCAGGCCCCAGCAGCUCACGUACCGGUGGCUCAGGCGCGGGCAGAUCCAGCCCGGGGCCCACCCUCCCCCACCAGGAGCCUCAGAUCUACACACUCUAUGCGCUUUUCAGGGCCUUUACCGCAGGCACCAAAACAGGCCACUGUCUCCCUGAAGCCCAGGUCGUCCUCUGCCCGAAAGAGUCCUGCCUCUUCAGAGCCCAUUCUCCGAAAGUCGCCACUCUAG